AUGCCUGCCACGAGUUCCACGCAACCGGCUCGCAAGAAGCUCAAAAAGGGAAAGCCAAAGAUUGCCGCGAGCGCCAGCGGUGCCAGCAGCGGCGCGCCAUCCUCGGCGGCGGCGGCUCAGCGGGCGGCGGCUCCGCCGUUCGCAAGCCUCGAGCCGGCGCUGAGUGCGUCGACGCUCGAGGCGGUGGCGUCGCUCGGCUUUGAGCGCGCCACGCCGGUCCAGGCCGCCGCCAUCCCGCGGCUGCUCCGCCACCAGGACGUCGCCGUGCAGGCGUGCACCGGCUCUGGCAAGACGCUCGCCUUUCUGCUCCCGCUGUACGAGCUCCUCGCGCGGCGCGAGACGCCGCUCACGCCCAAGCAGGUUGGCGCGCUCGUGAUCGAGCCGACGCGGGAGCUCGCCGCGCAGGUCCACGCCGUCGCGCUCCGCUUCGCCGAGCGGCGCGCCGCGAGUGCCGCCGCCGUCGGCGCAGCCGCCAUCGCCGCAAUCUUGCCGCCAGUUCUCGUGGUGGGCGGGACCGACCUCGCCGAGUCCAUCGCCUCGCUGGGCGCGGCGGGCGCGCACGUGCUCAUCGGCACGCCCGGCCGCCUCGAGGAC